UCACGGAAGGAGUGAUUAGUGAUUGAUGGUAGAAACAUUUGGCUAGUAAGAAAAUCAUCAACAUGACUGAUCAAAGCGAAAGAAAAUUGUCGCCAGCUGCAGCUAGGAACAUGGGGUUUAACAGAGAGUCUUGGUGUGCUGUCGAAAUGAAAAAGGAACAGAGUUGGGAUCGAAAGGUACGAAAACAUCAUCCUCAACAGUUCAGUAGCUCCGUUUUCGACAAGCACCAACCGGGGUACGAGCCCAGAUGUAACUUCAGAGUGGAUGCGCCCACACACCGAGAACGAAGACACCAUCCGGAUCAGUACACCUGUCAAAUGAAGAUUUGAUUCAACAUCCCAUGCAGAAAUGAUAGAUGACAAUUUCAUGUUGGUUUCCAAACUGUACAUCAUUCCCAUGCUGUCUGAAGAUUGGAGUUCACAAAAACAGAAACGAACAAAAAGACACACAUUGAAAUUUUGUGAAGUGUGAAAUUUAAAACAAAAACCUUAAAAUUCUAAGUCAACAUGUGUGAAAAUCAUAUUUUCCUGGAAGCGUGAAGUGAACAUUUUAUUUUCAAUUUAAAAUAGGAAACAUAACAUUGAUUUUAACCUUGUUACAUCCUAGAGGUGUGUAUCUGUGUGGAUAUCAGUAUUACAAUAUUUGUUUAUGCAUUGUUAAGAUAUUGAAUAAUUGUUUACAUGUAUCUGGAAUCUUUUUGUUACAUGCAAGUUUGAAAUCAGUAUUACAUUGUACAUGUUUGUACAGUUUAUUUGUCGUAGAAGCACAUCAGUAUUAUAUUUUUGUAUUCAUGUCUGCAUUGUCUUAUUUAUGUAGGUUUAAGCAUGGACUUUUACAUUUCUGUUAAUUUUAUCAUGAUUUUUAUAAAACAUAUAUAUAUAUAUAGUCAGUUUGUAGGUUUUCUAUUGUUCCUGCUAUGUCACAGUAUUAACAGUUUAUUUAUGAUGUAUACAUGAAAUAGUCCAGUUGCAUUGCUUUAUUCUUAUCUAUGGAUCUUUAUAUAUAUUCAUCUUAAACAUUUGCUCAAGUGCAAUGUGCGCCAGAUUGUGGGUGUUCAAAUAAAAUUGAUGUAAAACAAAA